UACCUGAUUUAUUUUUCCUGGCACUACAGAUUUGGCUCAUACUUCGGUCUGCUAUCGUAGCCUCCUUGCACUUUUCGUUUCGUUUCCCCAAAACAGAAACUCACGUUCUCUUUAUAAAACAAACCGCGCGAGGCUGCAGUUAAAGCACAACACAGCUGGGACCGGAGCCGGAGGGCAAAGCCGGCUGAUGCUGCUGCGCACCUCGGCAGGGGACCACUGAUCGAACCUGCAGCCAAUCCAAAGCACCAGAACUAUCAUCUCAAAAAUCAUGUCUGGGAAUGAAAGAAGAGGUGGGGCACAUGCUCGGGGGAGAGGUGGACACUUCAAGCAGCAACACCCCAGUAAUUCAUCAAGUAAAUCUGCCAGUGGUCAGUCUAGGCCACAUAGCAGUGGUCAUGACCAUAGCGCAACAGGCAUGCAACGAGCAGGACCACUUUUCAGUUUGUCAAGGAAAACUUCAAACCAGAAUGAAGGUGCUUCAGAUGAAACUGAUAAAAAGUGGUAUCCUCACGCCAGACAAGAAGGUAGGAGUGACAGAGGCCAAGGACACAGACAUGGACCCAACGGCCCUAAUAGGAGACGAGAUCACAGUUCUGGCAGGGAGAUUUCCCAGAAAUAUGAGGCUCCACUUUCUGUCCCUAGAAAUCCAGGAUUUUUUUCAAAGAGGGACAGCUCUGCAGAAACAUGGAGGAAGCAUCAUGGAGAAAAAGACAAAUCAAGGGGAGACUCUGAAUCCAGAAGAGGUGGAUAUCAUCGUAUUCGUGGUAGGAGUCCUGCAAACCUGCUUAAUCUGUCAACAGGCGCAGAGAGUAAUGUCACUGGAUGGACUGUGCCGAGAGUCAGAUCUCACAGCACCAGCUUCAGGAUUAGGGAUGAUUCCAAAAAUGUUCAUGGACACAACACUCAACUUUCUGUGGCACAAAAGACUGGAAGUCAACAAGACCUAUUAAAUAUUUCUUGGAACAGAAGACCGAGUAAUGUUCGGCCAAGCAGAGAGCAAGGGAGAAGUCAACUUCUUGCUGCAAAAAAGAUUGGAAGUCAACCAAACCUCUUAAACGCAUCAUGGGAUAAUACGAGACAAACAGGUGAUGAGGUGACUGAAACUGAAAAACCAAAAUACCGGGUGACAACACUGGAUUUCAGAAUCUUAACAAAGAUUUACACAAUGGAGUCCUCGGAUCUUGUAAUGAAGUUGGCAUCUCCGGGGUGUGGCUUACAGGAGUUCUUGUCACAGAAUGAGUUAACCGAGGAGCUCAUUGAUAUUGCCUUGAAGGUCCUUGGUAAAGCUUGUAGAAGCAAGACUAACCGUCAUAAUUUGCAGCAUCUUUUAACCAUCAUUAAAGACUCAACUUUUCUGAAAAGAAUCCUCCCCAUGUUUGUCAUGAAUAUAACAAAACAAAGUGAUGCACAAAAAAGACAGCAAAGCCUUGAACAACUUAAUGAGAUCCUAGUUAUCCACCUAACAUUAAUUUCUGUUUUUCCAUCCAGCACUGUGAUCGACGUCUCUCUAAUUGCAACUCUUGUUCACCGCGAAAUUGAUAGUCUACAAAUAAGUGGACAAGUUGUUUCUGAAGAAAUAGAGAACAAUAUGAAAAACCUACAGAGAAUCAUUGAACAUUUACAAGAGAGGAAAAGAGAGGGUACUCUUCGAUCUGACAAUUACACCUACAUAACAGAACAUCUGAAUUUGGACAUUGAAGAUUUUAGACAAAUGUCAGUCUUUCCAACAUAUGAAGACAUCCACAUCGUUGAAAAACCAUUUAUGCGACCAAACAUUAUUGGUCAAAAAUUUCAAGACACUAAUACUUACUUGGAUACUCAUUUUCGACUUCUGCGAGAAGAUUUUAUUAAGCCACUGAGAGAUGGAAUUUCCCAGUUACUCCUCUAUGGAGGAAAAAAUCUGCAUAAGCAAAGGUUUGAUGACAUAAGAGUUUACUUUGAUACACACAUAGUGGCACCUAUUUGCACGCAUAACGGAAUCGUGUACCGCGUUCAUUUUAACAAUUCAAAUUUGAAGCUGGUUCAGUGGGAAAGUUCAAAGCGUCUUCUCUUUGGAGCCCUCGUAUGCUUAUCCAAGGACAAUUUUGAGACUAUGAUAUUUGCUACAAUUGCAAACAGAGAUGUGAAGGAACUGGCAGAGGGGGUUACAACUUUGAGUUUCACAGAACAAAGUAGGCUGAAACUUGCAGAUGUUCAGGAAGAUGAUUCCUUUCUCAUGGUUGAAACCUCAGCCUUUUUUGAGGCCUAUCGACACGUACUUGAAGGUUUACAAGAGAUGAGUGUUGCUGACCUAGCAAUGCAGCAGUAUAUUGUAAAUUGUGAUACUGUUAUUUCACCUCCAAAGUAUUUUCUAGGGAACCAUAACAAAUACAACUUCACGAGUCUAGUAAAUAACAGACAAGAUUUCAUGAAGGACCUUAAACUAUAUAAGUACAAAUUUUAUCCUGAGGACUGUCCUAGCAGUGUCAGUAAUGUAAAAAUAUUAGAGGCUUUAUUAAGUAACUCAAAGUGUGACGUAUUAGAUUUAAAUUCUUGGCCCUCUAAGGAGAAAUUCAAAUUUGAUGAAUCACAGUUACAGGCAGUACAAACAGCAUUAACACAAGAGCUUGCGAUUAUUCAAGGACCACCAGGAACAGGAAAGACUUAUGUUGGCCUGAAAAUUGUCGCAAGUCUCCUAGACAACAGUCAUUUCUGGAACCCUAAUGGUGGCUGCCCAAUCCUGGUUGUGUGCUACACCAAUCAUGCACUUGAUCAGUUCAUGGAAGGAAUUUUGGAAUUUAUACCAAGAGGAGGAACACUGUCAAGAAACGAAAAACUGGUCAGGAUUGGUGGACGAUGCUUCAGUGAUAAAUUAAAAAGAUAUUGCUUGAACAAUAUGCGAAGAGAGAAAGGCUUUAAACAGAAUCUUCCAGGACAUUUGCGGGCAAUUUAUUCGGAGUUAAAAGAUGUCAAAGACCUAGUCGAAAUGAAAAUUAAAGAAAAUGCAGCUUUCUUUGAAAGUACAGGAAAAGGAGUCCUUCAUGAGAAUGUUUUGGAGGAGUAUGUCGUCUCUCUUCAUGGAACCACCCUUAAAAAAACAGAGGAUAAGGAGGGCUACUUUUCGAGCAGAAGAAAAGAUUCUUGUCUAAUGUUGGAAUGGCUUGGGAUAUCGUUACUAAACCAGGCAUCAAGACAUACAGAAAUUGUAGAAAGAGACAUACCAGAAAAAACACCAAAGGAAAGAGAAGAUAAAAAUCCCGAUGAUCCUUAUGACACUGAAGAAACAGUUGACUAUGAGUCGGAAAGUUUAAUUGACCCUGCAAAUGAAGGAGAAGAUGGAGAAGAAUUCUUUGAAUCAGAAAGUGUAAUUGACUUUGAGGAUGAAGAGUAUAAAGAAAGUGAAAAGGGACAAAGUAGCGACGAUGAAACAUCCUUGAAUCCUGAAGUCCAGGGAAUACAUGGAGAUGAUUUAGCUCAGGCUGAAAAAUUGUUGAAAUCUGCCGAUUUCCUGGAGCAGGACAUAGAAAGUGAAAAGGGACAAAGUAGCGACGAUGAAACAUCCUUGAAUCCUGAAGUCCAGGGAAUACAUGGAGAUGAUUUAGCUCAGGCUGAAGAAUUGUUGAAAUCUGCCGAUUUCCUGGAGCAGGACAUAGACGAAUUAUCUGAUGUUGUCAGUGUGGCUACACAAGGGGAUGUGGCUGACUUAACCCAGCUAAUAGAAGAGGCUGAGGAGAUCCAGGCAGAAAGAAUGAUGGAUGGCGAUGAUGUGCGUGUAGAGAUCGAAAAGGCAAAGAAGAGAGUUGUGCGGGUCCAGAAGAUGAUCCUGGCUUAUGUUCCUGAAGAGGAUAAGCAGGAAGAUGACAAAAAUAAUCCAAAGAAAAGAAGUGCACAAGAUGAGGAAUGGGAGAUAACAAAACAAAUGAAGCAAAAACUGAAGAAAAUUGUGAAGAAUGAGCUUCAUCAGACAGACUGCAUGAAGGAAGAAGACGCCAAAGUCAUUACUGAUCUCUGGGCCCUGCCUUUUAAGCAGAGAUGGAGCCUUUACAGGUUAUGGCUGAAAAAAUAUCGAAACAGUAUCAAGAUGGAGAUGCUGGAGAAUGAAAAUAACUAUCAGAAGAUUGUAGAUAGGAUAAAGGAACUACGGAAUCAAGAAGAUCUUACAAUUCUGAGAAUGGCAAACAUCAUUGGAAUGACAACAACAGGUGCAGCCCGGAACAGAAAAAUUGUACAGGAUAUUCAACCUAAGGUCGUGGUUGUUGAAGAAGCAGCAGAGGUUCUGGAGGCUCAUAUUGUGACAACUCUGACGGGAGCUUGUGAGCAUCUCAUUCUCAUUGGGGACCAUCAGCAGCUGCGUCCAAGUGCCACUGUGUAUGAACUAGCUAAAAAUUUCAACCUGGAGGUUUCCUUAUUUGAAAGACUUAUAAGAAUGGGCAUUCCUUAUGUUCGCUUGAACUACCAGCAUCGGAUGCGUCCAGAAAUUGCCAAACUCUUAACUCCACAUAUUUAUGACAAGUUGGAUCACCAAUCAGUCAAUCUGUAUGACAAAAUCAAGGGGGUUAAUUCAAAUCUGUUUUUUGUGGAGCAUGAACACCUCGAAGAGACAAUUCAUGAAGGCCGAAGUCACCAGAACGUUCACGAAGCCACCUUUGUUAAAUCCCUUUGCAAGUACUUUAUAAAUCAGGGAUAUUUACCAUCAAGAAUUACGGUGCUUACCACAUACACAGGACAAUUCCAUUACUUGAGGAAGAUUAUGAAAAGUGAUUUCUUCAAUGAUAUCAAAAUCCGGGUUGUUGACAAGUACCAGGGUGAGGAGAACGAUAUUAUAAUUCUUUCCUUGGUCCGUAGUAAUCUGGAAGGGCGAGUUGGUUUUUUGCAGAUACCAAACCGAAUUUGUGUUGCUUUGUCUAGAGCCAGGAAGGGUUUGUUCUGUAUUGGGAAUUUUAAAAUGUUGUCCAAGGUUCCUCUUUGGAGCAACAUUGUAAACGUGGUCUCCAUGAAUGAUCAGAUUGGGAAAUUUUUAGUCCUUCAAUGUGAGAAUCAUCCAAAUAAUGUCACUUUUGCAUCUGACGCUGAGGACUUCAAGAAGGUGCCAGAAGGUGGGUGCAUGCUGCCUUGUGAGUUUCGACUCAAGUGUGGCCAUGUUUGCACACGGUUGUGCCACCCUUAUGAUUCUGACCACUCUAAUUUCAUAUGUGUCAAGCCCUGCCAGAGAAUACUCUGCACCGAUGGCCACAAAUGUACAAAGAAGUGCUUUGAUAAAUGUGGAGGGUGUCAAGUAUUGGUCAGUAAAACAAUACCAAAAUGUGGUCACUUGCAAAAUGUGCCUUGUUCAGUCCCAGCUGAAAAAUUUAUUUGCACUGCGCCAUGCACCAAAACUUUAGAAUGUGGUCAUCAUUGUUGUCGCCCAUGUGGAGAAACGUGCACAUACAGAUGUCCAAAAAAUGUCACAGUUGAUCUAGGGUGCGGUCAUGAAAAGUCGGUGGUGUGUUUUCAGAAAGAGGACAUACAAUGUAAAAAGAUCUCCAUUUCAUGUUUAACACCAUGUGAGACCCUUCUGAAUUGUGGACACCAGUGCACUGGUAAUUGCAGCAAAUGUUCCAAGGGAACAUCCCACCCCCCUUGCUCCAUCCAAUGCGAGAAGCUGCUACUUUGCUCCCACCCAUGUGAAAAACAGUGUGGAGAAGAUUGCAUUCCAUGUCUGAAGCUCUGUGAAAACAAGUGCUUUCAUGGAAAAUGCGAAAAGAAGUGUUGUCAGGCAUGUAUUCCAUGCACCAAGCCUUGCGGUUGGCGUUGCUCACAUCACAAAUGCACCAAGCUGUGUUAUGAACCAUGUGAUAGAGAGCCUUGCCAAUACCCAUGCUAUAGAAAACUCAAAUGUAAACAUGCAUGCAUUGGCAUGUGUGGGGAGCCUUGUCCAAGAAAGUGUCGUAUUUGCAAUGCGGAAGAAGUCCAGGAAUUAUUUUUUGGUCAAGAAGCUCAUCCGGAUGCUAGGUUCGUUCAACUGAUGAACUGUAAGCACAUCUUUGAGGUGACUGGGUUUGAUAGUUGGAUGUUUUCACCGGAACCCUCUGGUGUGAUCAAACUAAAAAGUUGCCCCAAGUGUAAUACUCCCAUUCGAAGAAGUGUACGCUAUGCUUCACUGGUGAAGCAAACUCUGCUUGAAAUCGAGCAGGUGAAAAGGAAGGUAUUUGCUAAGAGUGUAACAGACACUUUAAAGUUUUUGGAGGACAGUGAAAUUGAGAUGAACUUCCCAGAAAUAGCUGAGACGUACCGGUCUAAGCUUAAGGAGCCAGAUUCGGGAAUGAAAUUCCUGACCACCAUUCAAGCUCAUCUACCAUUACUUUCAAAGCUGUCUGACAUAAAAUCGACCUCCAAGUUGAUACUGCCAGCACACAAAUAUGAGGAAAAAAUCUGCAAACGUAUCAAGAAAUGUAGUGUAGCAAUAGCAGAAGGAAAAUUCAGAAGCAAUAACACGGAAAUCCAAGGAAUCAUUCUUUUAACUGAGGCACUGAAAAUUCAGUCCAUGUACCUCACAAGUGUAGAUAGAUCUCGGCUUCUUAUCAGUUUGGAAGGUAAAUAUGACCAAAUUCAAAUGGAAAACAUAAUUUACCAGCUCGAGCAAAAGAAGAUAGAUGUUACAGAAGCAUGUGAAUUACUCAGACCAAAGAAACAAAAACUUUAAGUGGCAGUCCGGCUUGGAAGGCUUGUUAGAAAAACAAACAAAAGUUUUUGAUCACUUCAUGUUCCUACAGGGGAACUGGUAUAAGUGUACCGAGGGACACAUUUUCUUCACAUGGAAUAGUGAAGGUGGGCAAAAUGAACCAUCCUGUUCUGAAUGUCUGCAAAAGUUUUGCCAUAUGCAUUGAGGAAGAGUAAAACUGCGAAGAGGUUAGUUGCAUUUUCAGUCCUGAUGUCAAAAUUGUUUUAUUUAUUGAUUUGCUUAAUAUUAAAUUUUAAGUUAAUUAUUCAUUCAUUUUCCAAACAUAUUUCACUCCAACAGCAAUUAAUGCUGGGCAAACGUUGUGCGAUUUUUAGAAAUCACGGUCAAGUGACUACUCUCACUUCACGAUAGGGUCCCCAGUCAUAUACAGUAUGUGCAGAAACUGCACGAGCAGGUUCAGUCUGAUUGACAUGCCACGACUUUGGUGCUCAGACUAUACGUGCACAUGGUCCCGAUGGACACUUUUAAACCAUUGACAUUUCGCAGUAAAGCUCACCCAUUGAAAACCAAAAACAAUAUGGCCAUAGGCUUGCCAAAAUGUCAAAAAAAGAGAGAUGUGUUACUGAUUCUUGCUGUACUGUGCUCUUAAAGUUCAAAGAAAAAAAAGGUGUAACUGUACACACAGAUGGUUAGGAAAGCAUGGACAAUAUGAUGUGUCCACUUUACAGAGAGAAUUAGAGGUACGAAAAUCUAUGUAAUUUACACUUGUGUUUGUUUAUUUUGGGUUUUUCUAGUAAACGUUUCCUAAGAUACUUUUCUCAUUGGCCAUUUAGUUGUAUCUGUGAUGGUACAUGAUAGUUAGCUUUUUUAAAUCAAAAAAGUGAAAAUGAGCAUGACAGAGGCACUACUCAAAGUACAAUGUAUAGCUGUCACUGAACAAUGAAUGUUGGUCACAUCAGAAAACCAGCUCGUGAGUCUGCUCACAUUACAAGGCAGCUGACAGAAAUGUUUCCAACCGUACAACAAUUAAAUCAUAAGAUGAAAUCGGACAUUGCGACCCCUUUCUUACUGCAAGUGAAACAACAGCCAAUGAAGCUGAAAUUCAGGCCGACUCAUAAAAUCAGUGAGCAGCUUAAAAUCAAACCAAAACUGCACAGUGUAUUUGUAUAGGCACACUCAAUAAUCCUCACUUAUCCAUUCAGGCUGUUAUGGACAAGUUCAUUGUGACACAUUUUGCUAUAUUAACAUGUUUUUCUGGUAUUUUUCAUGUGUAUUAUGCUUGUUGAAAAUAUGUUAUUGAUUUAAUAUUAAUUGAAAUGAGUUCAAAUAUUUUAAGUCUUGUUUCGGUGCUAUUUUACUUUUUAUGAGUGCUGCCAUUUUGUUUAUGGUUGACAUAAUGUUACUAAGGCUGCAGUGGGUUGGUGCCCUGCCCAGGAUUGGUUCCUGCCUCGCGCCCUGUGUUGGCUGGGAUUGGCUCCAGCAGACCCCCGUGACCCUGUGUUAGGAUAUAGUGGGUUGGAAACUGGAUGGAUGGAUGUUGCUAAGGAGAUGACCUGGAAGUGCAUGAUCUCUGAUGUCAUUGCUAUGACAAGAUAAAAGAUCAUCACCGGGCAUUUGGUAGCCAUCUAUGAUUUUGGAUUGCUCCUGACAGCUUCAUGCAGUUUUCUUUGUUUCCUUAUUCCUUGGUAACAGAUGUUUUGGCUCUUCAAUUUAGGGUUUUGUUUCUGGUUUUAAUACCUGUGUUUUGCUGUCCUGGUGUUGACCUUUGUGUGUAUUUGAUUAUGUUGAUCUCCUGAUACUUUUUUGUCAGCUUUUUGUAGAAGGUUAUAUUGGGUUUAAAAAAGAGGGUGGGCUCACCUGCGCUGUGACUCAGCUAAACUGCUAGGGGUUUCUUCUGGAAUUGGAGAAUUUUUAUUUUUGUCCUUUUCCUUCUGGCUGAACACUGCUCAAAUGUAUAAUCAUAAACAAUCCAAAUAUGGAAAUGUGAAUUUAGUUCAAAGACAUUAAAUCACUGUUUGUAAGCACACACAUAAUGAUAAUGAACUUUAAUUAACACAAUUCAAAAUAUGUAAAAGUUUUCAGAUGUGAAGAACCACCAGUUGCUACAGAGCUAUAGAGACUUCAGAGUUCAGGAGGUACUAUGCAAUUUCUAAAUCUGAAGAGAGAGAAAAGUUCUACUAGGAUUAAAAUGGCUGAAACUGAAAGAAAACAUUGCUGACAGAAAAGUUAGUGAAACCGGAGAAACAGCAGAAGAGUUUGGGCACCAGUAGUGACCCCGUUUAACGUUCAGGUUGAAAAAGCACAAAAUAGAGGCAGAAAUCAGCGUAUACAUCAAAUGAUGUGGUCAUCCUGGCUUCUUUGCCUGUAGAAAGCUUCAAUUGGAGGUCCAUUCUGGUCUGAAGCUAGGUCAUGGCUGAUGAGGAGUUUCUGCAUCCUGUGGGUUUAUAUAUAAGUGGAAGGGUGGAGCUGCUAUUCUUCAAAGAGGAAGUGACAUCAUCAGUUAUCUAGAUAGUUCUCCACCACUCUGAAGCAAACAGAAAUUGCGUUAGUGGCAGCUCAUCCAAAUCCUUCCCUGUAAUUUUAAAUGAACCUAGAUCCAUGAGACAUGCCUGAUGUUUGGUGUGACAUGUAUAUAUAAACCCUUGAUGUGCACUUUUCAGAAACUGCUGCAUAAUGGGAAGGAAUUUUUAAGGGCUGGAAGAUAAUAAAUAUUGUCUUGGUACAAAAAAAAGGUGAUCACAUCAAUCGGAGUAACAGUAGGCCAGUAAACGUAACAUGUGUUAUUGAUACAUUAACGGAACCGAUCAUUAAAGAAAUCAAAGAGAUCAACACACAUCUAGAACAGCUUUAUUAGUAAGCAGUCUACAUGGGUUUAGACAGGAAGAUUGUGUUUCAUUCAUAUGAUAUGAUCUAAGGUUGAAGUAACAAAAUCGUUAUGUCAGAGAGGCAUAUGUGAUGCAAUUUAUUUGGUUUUCAGGAAAGCUUUAGAUAAGGUAUCACGUGGCAGGCUUGCAAUCAACAUUAAAGAAGUAUGAGUUAAAGGAGUAGGGUCUAGAUGAGUUCAGCACUGGCUCAAAUAAAGAAAGCAAAGUCUGAUGGUAACACUUUCUAAAUUAAGUGAUGUUAAAAGUAUUGAUCCUCAUGGAUUGCGUUGGUACCAUUGGUUUUGUAAAAUUUUAUAAAUGUUUCUAUCAUAAUAAAAUAAUCCUGGGACAAGACAAGACUUUUUAGCCUGGGACGAGACGAGACUUUUUCAGAGAGAUACUUUCAUGUCCCGCGAGACGAGACUUUGUGCCAAGAGAUUUAACCACGCCCGGGGCCGGAAAUAAAAGACAAAGAGUAGAUGACAAAGUAGAACGUCGUAAAAAAUUCAAAAACGUUGGCGCGAUACACAUGCAGAGCAGCUUAAGGAUAAUGGAAGUACUAAAAUUAGAAAAUCUCAAAAAAAUGAUGGUAAAGAUCGCAUUAGCGCAAAGAAACGGAAAUUAUUACUCAGUGAAAUAACGGAACAGAGAAAAAAGAUCGAAUAUAUUGUUCGGAUUUAAAUUUUAAGUCGGAGACUUGUAGAUCGUCAUCAGGGAAAAGUAGUGUUUCUUCCCAAUGAAGAGGUGUAUCUGUGAGAUUUAAAAGAUUUGUUGUUUGGUGAAAGUGAAAUCCACAUAUGCGAGCAGCAGAGAUGUGAAGUGGCUGGUGCGUAGUGCAGGCCUGGGGGGGUUUGGCGAGUAAAGCGAGCAGGGGGCAAAGCCCCCCUAGUGAUUAAGAUAAAAAUGUAACUAAGAAGCUGGUGAAAUUUUCUGGUGACAUUAAAGCAGGAGUAAUGACAGGUACACUACAGUGAAGAAUAAUCACUACAAGUAGACCUGGACGGAAUUCUGAUUUGAGUAGAUAUACGGGUUAUGAAAUUUAAUUUAAACAUAUAUGUCUUGCUAGUAGAAAGUUAAAAUGUUAGAUCAGAAUGCACAACAGGGGGACUGAAAUGUAGGAGUUUGUAAUCCAAAUGGAUGUUUCACGCAUCCAGACUACAUAGAAAUCAUUAAGAAGGGGAUUACUAGAUUAGUUUACACAGCUCGAUGUGUCAAGUACAAAUAAUUCAUUGGUACAUUUAAGUAGUACAACGUACUCUUGAAGGCCUGUCCACACUAUGAAGUGCAGUUCAGGUCUCCAUAUUACAAGGUCUAACAGUGCUAGAAAAAAUCCACAGAAGUAAAUUGACUGAUUUCCAGACUAUGUGGUAUGAGCUAUAUGACAUAAUUCAAGGAAUUUUCGAGUAGACCUAAUAGAAUUAUUCUAAAGCAGGGAUCCUCCUUCAUGGUCCUGGAAGGCUGCAGGUUUUUGCUUCAACAAAGUUCUUAAUUAAAAUGCAUUAAUUUGCAUAGUUAAAGUCACUUAUUACAAUUCAGAACCUGCAAUUGCUUGUUUCGGUUGGUUUUUUUUUUUGGUUGUAAUUGUUUCUCUGUUUUCCUAAUUACCCACUAGUUAAUAAUGAGAUGCAAAUGACCAAGGGACCACCAAUUCCCCAGCUAAGUUGGGUUUGUUUUCCACUGUGUACAUGCAUCAUGAAGUUUCUGUGUUAAUGAAAUGUUUGAAAUAGAUGACAGAAAAUAAAAAAGAGCAAAGAAGUAUACAUCUGUUUUGGUCCACAAAAAAAUAAGGGUAAUGUUCUCAGAAAAUAAAAAUCUACAAUGUAUAAAAUUAUGGAAUGAUGAAAGUCCAGACAGGUCACUUAAUUAAAUACCAAGAUUCAUUAUCAGCAAGGAUUCCUAUUUAGAAAAAGGACUGAUAUGAAAACCUGCAGUCACAGUGAACCAUGAUUGAAGACCCACAUUCUAAAAGAAAUCUUACUUUGAAAUAUGUUUAUAUGCAAGAAUACAGGGGCAGAGAUAAUAAUAGGUUAAGACUAAGCUUUGUACAAAUACUACGUACAAAGAACCAUAGAUGUGUGAAAUAAAUUACCAAGUACUGUGGUUUAAAGCCGUACUUUGUGAACCUUGGAAACUUGAUGGAUGAUAUUUUCCAAAAGUUAGCAAAAUACAUAUUGACAAGCAAUGGGCUGAAUGGUCUACAUUUUAAACAGAUCAUGUGGAAUACAAAACCUUAAAUCUAAUACUUCUAGAAGUUGAAGUAUUAGGUUUUCAAUGACAAAGCAGCUGGUCUGAAACCUGCCUUGGACCAUGCUUCUCUAUAAUACUUUGAGAUGGUGUUCAUUAUAAAAAGACAAAAUAUAAUACAAUACAACUUAUUUUUUAUAUCUGCCCCUUAAUUGAUUGAUGAAAUAUGGCUAGUUGACAAUGGGUUAACAAUGGAGGAGAUUAAAAUUGUAAAAGAGGAAGUCAAAAACAAAGUUGCUGUCCUGGAGACCUUGGCCAAAUAGCCCUGUACCUGCUCCUGGGUUUUCCAUAGUGGAGUUUGUGCUGGCCGUCCAAUCUGAUGACAGAAUCUUUCUAUCCGAUGAUUCCAGUGCUGUGUUUUUCCAGAUCACUUUUCCAUACACAGUAGAGCAAUGGCACUGAAUGCCACAUCCAUAUACCGACAAAAGAAACAGAAUAAAGGAGGGUUAGUAAUGGUUUGUAAAAGUUACGAUAAUUUAUGAUUUUGUAUAAAUGACUAACAAACAAAUGCAGUAUGCACAGCUAAUCGGCAGCUCUAGUCAGGGUAUACUGGACUAAAGUUGUGAGUCUUUAGCUGGGAUUUAAAAGCUGAAAUGACGGGGAAUCUCUUAUAUUAGCAAGAAUAUCAUGUAUAAAAUGGUGAUAGCUUGUUUGGUGCUGUUGAGCCUUGUUGAGAACACCUAGAGUUCUCUAUGUAUUUUUCUGACUAUUUGUACAGAAAUUCACCCAAUUGUAAGGGAAUGGGUAAUAUUAAGUUGUGAGGAAACUGUUUCCCCACUUCACUCAAGUGUACGUGUGCUUGGGUUUUUCCUACUGGUCCUAUGUUGACACACAAUUGGUGGACAUGUCGCACUAUGGCUUGACUGUAAUAUGAAAUGGGGCAUUGUGAUUAACUGAUUAAUAUUUUUUAAAUAGGAAAUUUCUUUACAUUUUACUGUGAAAGAUUUGCUCUCAGUUAAUUCCCUUUCAGUAAACUGUAGAAUUGGAUGAGGUGUUAUAUGAGACAAUGCUGGUACAGUAAAACCUUGGUUUGUGAGUAACUUGGUCCGCGAGUGUUUUGCAAGAUGAGCAAAAAUGUUUUUAUAAAUUUUAACUUGAUAAACGAGUGAGGUCUUGCAAUAUGAGUAGUACGUAUACGCUUUGUCUGCCGAGCGUCACGUGAUCACAAAUAAGCCGAUGGUUCUUCUCUCUCUCUCGCUGUGGGAUUGUGGGUAAUUGUCUCCCAUGCUCAGUCUCAGUCGGCGUGCAAGCAAUGAAUCUGUUUAAUGACAAUGCAAUGUCAUAUUUCCGUGAAAUCCUCAAAAGGAGGCAAAAGCAACUGUCACUGGAUAGGUUCCUUGUUAAAGUCGCAAAAAAAAGGAAGAUUCCAGUUAGCCAUAGAAGUGAUUCUGUUAGUUAGAGUGAAAGUCAUCCUACACAAUAACCCUCCUCCUCCUCUCCUCUCUCUUGUCUCCCUCACACCAGCCACGGUUAUUUUCAAAGGUAAAGUGCAAGUUAAUUUUUUUAUGUAUUUUAUCUGAAUUUCCAUUAUUUCUUAUGGGGAAAUUCAUUUUUGAUAUACGAGUGCUUUGGAUUACAAGCAUGUUUCCGGGACAAAUGUAUAUACAGUCAGAAUGAACACUUGGAGGCAGAUACGUAUAUUGUUCAGAAGGUAAUUCGUAUCUGGGUAUUUAAUGGCCUGUUAACUACAUAUAUAUAAUUCAUUUGUAACUAAUUAAUUAUACUCACAAGAAUUAUCUUUAUAAAGAAUCAACAGAGGAUAGUGAAUAGACUCACUUGAAUUGUUUAAAUUAAUGACUUUGGGUCAAACACAUGAACAUAUCAGGUAGAAUUUGAGGCUUUGUAAAUUUUAACUUUUUUCCCCUUGAAAUGUCAAAAUUUCCAUUGUUUUUCUUUAAGGAAUUUGAAAUUAAUGAAUAUUUCAUGAUUAAUUGAAUUUCAAGUGAUUGUCUAAUGUGCAGUGAUGAGCAAAACAGGCAAGUUUCAAUUAAUUUACUGUUUUGCGUAACUGAUACUAAAAUUAAUUUUCCAGACUAUUUUACAAUUUGCAUAACACAAAACUCACUAGAAAGAGUUGUUUUGGCUUGGAAAAGUGAAUAUGGUUCCCUAAAGUCUUAUUCCCUCUUGCAUGUUUACCUGUGUUUUUUCGCAGCUGUGUAAUGCAUGUUAUCUCUCAUACGCCAGUAAAAUCAAUUCUGUCAAUGUUUCUCCAUCACAUUCCCACAGAGGAGCACAGUACGCUUUUUAAAAAUGUGACAUGCUUCUAAUUUUUCACAUGCAAUACAAUGUCUAGAGAAUGAAAACAGUCAGGAUAAAAAGGGUUGGGGCACCAGCUGGUAGCCACAUUUAAUAUGCAAGAUGAAUAAACAAGAAAGAGAAAUGCCCUCAUGAUGCUGAUUACACAAAAAGAUUCUUUGGAGUGAAAGCUCCAUCAUUGUCAGUUGCAGGUUUUCAUUGAAUAGUGACUUCUGGUGGUCUCUAGGUUUUUAUGUUACCGAUCCUGAAGGGGCAGCGUUGCAUGGGUGAAAGUUGGAACUGAAGCUCCCCUCCUUCAGUUGUCAAGCCUCUGAACUCUGGGAGAAAAAAAAAUAAAGUUAAUGGCAGAGCCCCCUCUCUGCUCAGGGUGGUAUUGUCUACCUUCUCCUAGCCCUUGAAAAGCCUCCUAAGCACUCGUCCCUGAGAACAAACAAAAAUGCACUAUCGUGUACAUUACUCUGUUUUCUUCAUGGGAAAAUCCUCUCUACAUCCUACACCAUAGCAAACAUUCUUUCCAAUUUCUUGCUUACCGUAGAAUUAGUUGAGAAUAUAAACUCUCCCAGUGCCAUGGAGUUUCAAGUUCCUUUCUUGUCUUUGAUACAUCUUUAAGAUCGCAGUUGCCAAGAUUGUCAUCAUAAAUGGCAAAUUGGGAUCAUACAACCAGAACUUGUGUGGUGGCUCAACAAAAUGUCUACACAUGACAGGAAAUGAAUCUGUUGGGGUUUUUUUUCAGUAGAGAUCUUUAUUUAACAACAGACACAAGAGGAAUUAAAGUGUAGAAAUGUUUCCAGACAGAACAAAACAACUUUUGUCUUGUGUCAAUGUCAAUGGAAGCGAAACACGAUUUGUUUUGCCUAUUUGUUUGCGAAUUCAAACUCUGAGUUUCACUGCAAAUUCAAUUUUACAUGAACCAUUUCACUCUUCGCUACCAGUGUAUAAUAUUCUAGCUUUCCAAGACUCAGUAAUGGGGAAAGUGAGGGAUAAUUGAAUGAUUAAGAAAUGAACGUGAUUCACAUAUUACAAUAUGAUUUUAUUUCGAUUUAUAUUUAAGUUAACCAAUGUUGCACAUAUGUAAUUUUGGCGUUAACUUAAUUCACUAUCCACUUACUAGCUCUCAGACAACUUACAGGAUGUUAAAACAUGUCUACAUGUUUGUUACUUGUAUCUAACUGUGCUAGUACUGGGCCAUCCAUGAGCAACAUAAAAUCCUUUUCUAGUUCAAGAAAUGUAGGUAAAUGUUCAUGGGUAAUUAUUACCACACUUAUAUUAACUUCGCCUGUUUGUUGUCUAGGGCACAGUGGCGCAGUGGGUAGCGCUGCUGCCUCGGAGUUGGGAGACCUGGGGACCUGGGUUCGUUUCCCGGGUCCUCCCUGCGUAGAGCUUGCAUAAUCUUCCCGUGUCUGUGUGGGUUUCCUCCAGGUGCACCAGUUUCCUCCCACAGUCCAAAGACAUGCAGGUUAGGUGGAUUGGCGAUUCUAAAUUGGCCCUAGUGUGUGCUUUGUGUGUGUCCUGCGGUGGAUUGGUUCCUGCCUUGUGCCCUGUGUUGGCUGGAAUUGGCUCCAGCAGACCUCCAUGACCCUGUGUUCGGAUUCAGCGGGUUGGAUAAUGGAUGGAUGUUUGUGGUCUGGUACAAAUCUUGUAAUCGAUAUUUAACCCACUUCCUAUUGUCCAAGUGACUUGAAAUUUUGCACACUUACUGACUUCCGAUGACAAUACAUGAAUCAAUAAUCAGUUUCACUAAUUGAUCAAUUAAUCAUGUUAUUUAAGAAAUGAAAUUUUCAUAUGAAGAAUAGUUCAAGAUUUCACCAGUAGAUGGAGCUA